UUUAGGUUCAAGGAUUAUUUUUAACGUGUUCUUCAUGAUUGAGCAUGAUUUUACUGUCCUAUUUAUAGGCAUUAUGAAAGUGUGUGGUUUGUAAAGGCUUAUUGCCAUAAGGGCUAUUGUAGUACAUUAAUGUAUUAGAUAACAUGCGCAGAAUGCAAAAUGCAUCCGACGUGGAGCGCAUUAGGCGCAAAACAGAGGCGGAAACGUUUGAGCGUGGCGUGUGUUGGAGGAGUUUAGAAGAAAAAAUGGAUUUCCAGCAUUUUCAGGUAGAGACCACAUUAUCGCUGUUGUCCCCUGUUGGCAUGGAAACAAGAGGUCACUCACAGAACUCACCCACACACUGUCUUGUUGAGGAAGAAUACACAAUCUCCAUACCACUGGUUCGACCAAAAUUGGAGUUGUUAAAAGUAUUGAAAUCUGCUGGAGCAACGGCCGCAGUGUUCUCUAAAAAAGAGAUCAUUGGAUACUUGAAGAACUACAUAAUAGCUCGACAGUUGUUUGACGUCACAGAUCCCCGUAUUGUGCAUUGUGAGGGUGACCAGUUGUACAAUGUGUUCGGGGUGAAGCAGUUCACAAUAGAUGAUGUUUUGCCCCUGUUGGAGAAGACAUGCACCCCUGUCCAGGAUACAUGCCUGAAGAGACGACGUCACCUCGUGUCAAAGCCUCUCACCCAACCCGCCGGUCCAGCCUCCCUGACCCCAGCGACCAUCACUGUAGCAUUGACGCGGGUACCGGAGAGUGUACAAACACUCUCGGGCUGUCAUGCUGCGGUUACCAAGGUGACAAGUCCUGCAGGGGUAACCAUGGGGCCAUUAACAGCCCCUGUGAUCCCUGAAGGAAACUCAACAGUAAAGACAACUGGCAAAAACCUAGAAGUAUCUGAGCAGAGAGUACCCUCCGCAUUGACUGAAUGUCAAGAUAAUGUUGAACAUAAUAUGGCUGGGGAGAAUGAGCAGUUGCCAUGUGAUAGCAGCUUGAUAUCCAGUACUACCAGCAACAGAGACACUCAGCAUUUUGAUCUUUCCCAGCAACCAGAAAUUACCUCUGGUGUUGAACCAUCAACAGUCGAUCUUCCAGAGACACCCAAAGUGCUAAAUUCUAGUGCCAAAUUCAAAACAUCUUGUAAAGACACUCCAGAAGUAAGUAAUGUAAACAAAAGGAAUGUCCGAAAGUCAUCGUCUUCCAGUGACAAAGUGUCGGAUUCCUCGAGCGCUAAAUGCUGCAGUACAAGCAGUGUUCAGUCCGCCAUCACACAUAGUAAUAACAUGGACAAACCAAAGUCUUCAAAAAAGACCAGGAAAAGGAAGAAGAAGAAAGAAAAAAAGCAAUCGUUGGCCGAGCCUUCCAGAAAACGGCACCAAACAGAACCAAUCAACACAGCGUCUUCCAACAAUAACAAAUCCCCCACACAAGCUGACCAACCUGGCCCCUCCCUCCGUAGGCGUGGCACAUCAUUAAGCAUCACAGUGGGAGAGGAUCAAGGGCCUGAAGGGACCUCAAGGGAGGAGGGUUUUCCAUGGUACAUCAGGCUGGAGCUGGAUGAUGGCAGCGAGGAUGAUGAUGCAGAAAGCGAGGUUCUGAGUAUACAGGAUAAGGAGACUGUGCGUGUUGAGGACUCCACUGACGACCUCUGGUUCCUGGAAGAAGACAGCGUUACUGUGGAGAUGCCCUCAGAUACUGACUUCUCCGUGGAAUACGAUGUCACCUCAGAGAAAACAUCACUCUUGUCAGACUCUGAUUUGAGCUCGAUUAAGUCAACAGAGGGCGGGUUUUUGGUGGUGUGCAAGGAGAGUGACGUAGAGUUCUUUGCCGACUACAGUGACAUGGAGAGCCACGACGGUGACCAGGAACUCUCUGAACAGGACAACUGGACGUGUACUGAAUGCAGCAAUGUGAACUACCCGCUCCAGAGAUACUGCGGAAAGUGUUGGAAAAUCAGGAGUGAUUGGUUACCCAAACCCCUGGGAGAAAUGGGUGAAAUACGCAAAAAAUCUAGUGAUGCAGUGAAGUCUUGGAGGUUAGGCAGUGGCGAAAAGAUAGAUUUUUACCCUGCUGAUACUUGUAUGAAGGAGUUAUUGCUUGAAAAAAGUAAGCUUUUGACUGACUCAGGGUUAGGUACACAGCCUUCCAGUCAAGACACUGUUAACUCGUCAUUUGCUAGAGAAAAUGACAGGAAAGUGAAGAAUUUACCUGAUGUGUUGUCUGCUCCUGACAAAAGGAAACAUUUGACGGCUUUGGAAAAAGAGUCUCAGGAUUUAGAGCCUAGAUACUCGCUUCUUAAUCUGAAUAUGAAGAGUGGAUCUGAAACAUCGCUAGACUCUGAAAGGAAGAGUUUUAGUAGGUCACCCGAUGUUCUUGGUAAAGACUUGCAUGGGGUUUCCCAAACUUCAAAGGUGACUGGCGGUAAUGCUCUUGACGACCCCUGCAUGAUUUGUUUGAUGCGUCCUAAGACUGCAAGCCUGAUUCAUGGGUCAUCAGGUCAUCAAGUCUGCUGUUUUUCGUGUGCCAAACGCCUACGAAGACGUGGGAAAGUGUGUCCGGUGUGCCGCAGGCCUAUUCAAAAAGUGAUAAAAAACUAUAUUUUAUAAGUUUUGUGCUGCUGAAACAAUUUCUGUACUAUUUGAUGGCUUUUUUUUAACAUUAACUUAUGUUAAAAAUCAUCAUGUUAAAGGAUCUGGAUGUAAAUUUUGAUAUGAUAAUGAAUAAUAGUAAUAAGCGAAAUGAAUUGUUUUGUGACUUCAGGUUUAGGCCAUGGUUUUGAAUAUGUAUAUGUAUAAAAUGUCUGUAUAAUUAUUUUAUUUGUAAGUUAGUAUUUAUGCCAUAUUUAUGAUUGUUUCUCCUGUAUGGACAUUUCUUAUUGGAUCUCGAUCAUUUUAGCAUUUAAUACAUACUAAGGUUCAAAGACACAAUCUCAUCGAUUCAAUCACAUGGUCAUCAUGGUUUGAUUAUAUCAUGUUAUCACAUGCAUUUUAUAUCACUGAAGUCAAAUGUACAAAUAUAAAAAAUUGUAUUGAGAUUGAUUGCUGUUCAUGUAAUUAAGGCCACACCAAAUUAUUUUGUGUUGGAAGAUUUUGUCUGAAAAUUAUUUUAUCAAGCAGGCAAAAUAAAAGUAAACAUACAAUUUUAUUAUUUAGUUUAGAAAUAGCAGCAGGUGAAACAUAAACAAUUUUUUUACCUAUUCAAUUAAAUGAAAAUCCUGAACAAUUAUAACUUUAUUCUCCCAUCUUAGUGUGUAUAUUUAUGGGAAUACCUCACAAAAUUUUCAUUUAUGUAAAACUGAGUAUGCCAGAGACAUAAGAACAUGUUUUUGUGUUGUUUGAUGCAACAUUAUUUGGUCCGUCAAAAUAUCGGACUGACUGAUUUGAAUAUACUCGUAAAAAAAUUGAACAUUCACUUGCAAAAAAAUAAAAUUAAAUGCAUAAAAAGAAUAGCAAUAAAUCUGACAAACACAGAAAACAAUUUGAUGUGGUUCAAAUGCCUUGUUCCAUUAAACUUUUUUUAAUAAAACAUAUUUUUUGGAAGAAAAAAUGUUGUGGUAUUGUGAUGGCCUGGGUGUUGUCGUGGACAUUUUGACCUCAGCCAUCACUAAAAAAUGCUGAAGAUAUUCAUCUGACUCUUGGUACACAUGUUGGUAGGGAAAUGUUUAUAACUACAAUGCCCACAACUUUGUCUUUCAUAAUUGAUAUAUUAUGCCCCUUUUUCUACUGAUUAAACAAGACAAGCAAUGACUUUUGCCCUGUUGCGCUCAUGUUGUAUUAGAAGCCCAUGUUGAUAAACUUUGUUAUUAAGAUUGUUAACCACUACUUCCAUAUUGUGUUCACUGUAAACCAAGUAUUAUUUUGGUAUUGAAAAAUAAAUAAAUAGUGCUAAUUCA